AUGGCACCCUCGGCAGUUUCUGAUCUGCCAGUCCAGAGUUCUCCUAACGCGAAGCCGACUGUAUAUGUUCUGGACUCAUUCCAACCCGAAGUCAUUGCUUUCUGUCAAGAAAAUUUCAAUGCCAUUUUGCCGGGAGAACCUAAACAUGCAAGAUGGAAGGAGGCUCAAUAUCUCAUGAUUCGGUCAUCAAAACUGUCGGCCGAGGACAUCGUGGAAUGCCCUAAUCUUCUGGCCAUUGGCAAGCAAGGUGUUGGCAUCGAUAAGAUUGACGCAGACGCCUGCUCCGCCCGUGGUAUCAAGAUAUUCAACACACCCGGAGUCAACGCCCGCGCCGUCGCCGAAUUGGUUCUCACAUUGACCACGGCCGUCGCGCGUCAAGUGGGCACAAUCACCAGGAAGCAGAACUCCGGCAUCGUUGUGCCCAAGGAGAAGUGCUCCGGGUUCAUCCUGCACCGUAAAACGAUUGGAAUCCUUGGCAUGGGAAAUAUUGGAAAGUGUGUCGCACAAAUCUUCCGCGGAGCGUUCGAGGCACACGUCAUCGCGUACGACCCGUACUUGCCUGCCGAAGCUUGGGGAGACAUUCCACACCACCGUGCCCAGUCGGCCGAGGAGGUGUUGUCGGCGUCUGAUGUCGUGACAGUCCACAUGCCACUAACGCCAACAACGCGUGACUUGAUCGGAUACGCCCAGAUGAAGAACAUGAAGAAGACCGCUAUCGUUAUCAACACGGCGCGUGGAGGUAUCAUCAACGAGGCGGAUCUAGAGCGCGCCUUAUCGGAAGGCCUCAUUUGGGGUGCGGGCUUAGACUGCCACGAGCAAGAGCCUCCGAGCCAAGAGAAGUACGGGGCGUUGUGGGAAUCUGGGGCUCUCAGCACCCCCCAUAUCGGCGCGGCAACGAGAGAAACACAAGUUCAGACCGGAAUGGCAGCAGCAGUUCGGCUGUUAGAGUAUAUUACCUCUAGAGAAAACUAG